AUGUCGACUGCCAUGUGUGGCAAACUUGCAAGCUUCAAACACCAACUCCAGGACUGGAUAAGGUUAGAUGAUCGAGAAUGGAGGUACACCAUCCCCAACCUGCCCGGGCCCGACAAGCUCGACAAUGCUCGACUCAUCAAAACAGUGAGCUUGGUCAUGACCGGUGGCAAGCACGAAAUCAACUUCACCCUGGUCAAGGCACAAGACAAUCGAGCUAUCCGCGGCGAGCCACUCAACAAGUUCCUCGUCGUCUCUAUCGCCGAGCUGCGUGCUCCGCCUGGACGACGACCACCCCGCUCUGCUGCAGCAACAUCCACAGACGACUCGCUUCAACCAUCCACGCCCCGAGAAUGUACCGACUACGCUAUUCGACUCCUCAGGACCGGCAUCUCCAUUCAAGGUGUCCACUACAAUUUCUACGGCCACAGCAACAGCCAGCUCAAAUCCCGAACUUGCUUUUUCUAUGCCGGUUCACCCGAGGAGAUCUCCCGUAAGGUCAACGACUUGGGCGACUUUUCGAAAAUGAAGACAGUUGCCAAAAAGGCCAAGCGUAUAAGUCUCCUGUUCUCUACCGGAUCGGUAGCAAUGCUCAUCCCGCCCGAACGCGUCGAGGACAUCCCCGAUAUCGAGACAGCCGAUUACAUCUUUACCGACGGCUGCGGCCUCAUCUCACCUAAUCUCGCGCGGGAACUGGCAAGACGUGAUCGAAUCAUCUUUCGCAAUAGACGCUACACCCCGUCCGUGUUCCAAAUACGCUACCGCGGUUACAAGGGCGUUGUGGAAGUCGAUCAGACCAUGCCGCGACCAAAAAACAAGAGCUCCGACGCCCCUCCGAUCUGGCUCAAGCUGCGCAAAUCGAUGAAGAAGUUCUCUGGUGGCGACGAUUACUCCUUUUCUGUCGUCGAGUACUCCAAACCAUACACCUACGGGUAUCUCAACGACGAGUCCAUCCUCCUUCUCUCCGCCCUUGGCAUCACACACAAAACCUUUCAUCAAAAGCAAAACGAACAUUUCCAGUUUCUCGAAGAAGCUACCAGAGACCCCCGAGCUGCGUUUAGGUUCUUGUCUUAUGCCAAUAUGCCUGAAAUGGCGGAGAAAAUCCUAAUGGCAGACAACGUUGAGCACGCCCAAUCCAAAGUCAAGGCGCUCGUCAAGGCAGAAUACGGCAAGAUGUUGAACAAACGAGAUGAUCAAAAAUGUCGAAUCUUGAUCCCGCAGUCGAGGCUGCUGUUUGGGGUGUGUGAUGCUUGGGAUUGUCUCAAGGAGGGAGAAUGCGCAGUCAAAGUCACCCUUUUCGAGGAUGGCCAACCGGCGGCGCUGAAAGGGAUGGAGGUGUUGGUGACGAGGAACCCGUGUUUACACCCGGGAGAUAUGCAAAAGUUUAGAGUGGUUGAAAGACCAGAGCUGGCGCAUCUGACGGAUUGCAUUGUCUUUUCUUCGAGGGGCAGAAGACCAGCGGCGGAUCUGAUGUCUGGGGGUGAUUUGGAUGGUGAUACUUUCUUCGUCUGCUGGGAUAAAAGUGUGAUUCCCUCGACCAUGUCGGAACCCGCCAAGUAUCCAGGUGCCAGAGAAGCGAUCAGCUUCAAAGCCAUCACCGACGACGACCGGCUUGUUUAUUUUGCCAAGUACAACAACAUGUCUCUUGGGCGAGUCAAGAAGCUUUACUUGGCCUGGGCUCGUGCUCGGGGGCCCAUGGCACCAGAGUGUCAGGAGCUGAACCGGCUUUUCUCUCAGUGUGUGGACGGGACCAUCAUCAGAAUUCCUCCCAAGUUGGAACAGGCACCCGACCCCCCCCGGGAUGCGCCACCGUUUAUUCUUGAUGAUUUACAUGAGGCCGCCAAGCAGAUUAUUCUCAAGGACACAGCUCAGAUUCAUCGCAAUGUUUUCGAUGGUUAUGACCAUGACGUUCUGGAGCUGCUCCUCAACCGAGAUAACCUCGCCAUGUCGGAGUUUGAGUAUAUUUGCAUGACUCAAACGUGGUGUCGCAGAAACAAUGCCCAUUUGGAAGACUUUCUGGACUACUUUGACUUUAAUGUCUUGACAGACCAUGAGAAGGCAUGGGUGUUGCAGCAAAUGCCACCCUCACAAGAAGUUCCUGCCUUGGUCAGAAACGCGGUGACCUACUCGAGUCUCAUUACGGAAGAUGCUGCUCGCCGUUUCCAACUCAAUCAUCACAGCAUCCACUGGAAGUGCAUUUACAACUCUUCAACGAGGGACCGUCUGGGGACAUUUCUUGAUACUACCAGCAAAGCACUGGAAACAUUUCACCGCAAGCUGAUCAUCCUCCAAGUCGACGAACGUUUGACCGUAGCCAUCUACGUUCCCCGCAAGAUUGAGACAUCCCAAGACUCCCUUGUCGAUGACACUGUGCGGUUAUUUGCCUUUCCUCACACCCAGGGCACUGAACGGCAGAGCCGUAUGACCCUUCCCACCAAGAUGACAUACCGUCUGUAUUGCGACGAGAGACAGUUUCAACUGUUUGAAGGCCAGCGUGGAAACACCUGGAUCUUCAUCAACCGCAGCCCCUCGGACGACAGCUCCUACAGGGCCGCAGAAAACAAAGGCGACAAGCGAAGACAACGCCAAGCGACCAUCGACUCCGGAACCAAUGUUGACUUCCGUGCCAGUAUCGCCCUCGACAAGUUCAGCAGGGGUCUGCAGCGACAUAUCGGCAGAGUGAACCGGAAUGCAGUGACAGCCGCCGAGGUCUACGUUAUCAGCAACAGAGACGUCAAGUCAAUGAGGAAUCUCGACUUGUGGCUUGAGCAUAUCGACACGGAUACAACACUGCCGCUGUUUGACCAGGAGGCGGAAGAAUACACCAUUCCGACCUUGAAGGAUGUUGACUGGGGCUCUGAGCCGGACUUUACUGUCGCGAUUGCAAAGGAUGGAAAGCUGCCUUGGAUGAGGGAAUUGACGUCGCCGAAGCAGUUUGAGGAAUUGUUUUCCUGGUUGCUGGACAGGGAUCAAAGUCUCAUUCUCUUCAAGUGCUUUGAUUAUCUCUUGCUGGGCAUUAGCAGCAACGAACCUAGCCCUCUGACAAGAGUCUCGUCGGCGGAUAUUCUCCGCGUGAUGCUUGGUUUCCUACGCCUGGCGCCAUCACUGGCUAUUGCCUUUGGCAGGAUGCCGCCCAUCGAGGCUGUUGACGAGAAGACAGAAGAGCUGGUAGACAUUUUGGAAGCAUACGCCCAAGAAGUCCUCACCGGGUUCAUUCUUUCAGCCAACGAUGCCAAAGAACUCGUUGUCGCCCCCCUCAAGUCAUAUCUCUCACGUAUCAAAGUCUUAUCAAUGCACCAGUUCGCCGAGCUUGUCAGACUGAUCUCAUUGACGGUCAGAAUACCAGAAGUGGCAAUGGAUAUUCUACUCGAGUGUUUCGAGCCCGAAGCAUCGCGUCUCCUUCCCGGUCGGCCAGCUGCCGUCAACCACUUUGUCCGAAACUUGAUCACCACAGCGCUAGAACACAUCGGAGAGGCCUCAGAAAAGUCAGAGCCAAGAAAAGACCUCCUCAAGUUACACCUCCUCGACAAAGACGAAGACGGCUACCAAGUCGUCGAGGUAAGCUUCCGCAUCGACUCAGACAAUGCCCGGCUCGACAACGCCGCCCACGUCCGUUUAACCGCUGCCUCAGCGCCCGCAAACUCCCUCCUCGAGAAACGUUACUCCAUCGACGCCCUCGUCCUCCAAUCCGAACCCGGCCGUGCAAAAUUCCAGUGCUUCCACCCCUUACCGCCAUACUAUUCCCACUGUCAAUGGAAACUCACCUACUGCACCCCUUUCACAACCGCAAAAACAACCCUUGACGCUAUCCUCCUCUUUGCCACCCAAUCAGACGAGUGCUGUCCCAUAUCCCCCUACCUCCUCGGCCUUGAAUCCCAACCCUUUUCUCCCCCUCCCCCGGAAAGCGUCAGCCCCUACCCCCAUCUCAACCCCUCCCAGAACCUCGCCGUCUCCACCUCCCUCACCACUCCCCUUUUAUGCCUCUGGGGACCCCCGGGAACAGGCAAAACAGAAACCAUCCUCUCCAUCAUCCUGUCUCUCCAAUCCCACUUCCCUGACUCCCGCAUCCUCCUCACAGCCCCAACCCACAACGCGGUAGAUAACGUUCUCCGGCGGUACCUCUCCCUUAACCCCACCCACCCCCCCUUGCGGAUCUCUACCGAAAUCCGUAAAGUCUCCCCCGACGUCACGCCUUACACCCUCGACGCAAUGGCCGGAAUCGAACUCAACACCCUCCACUCCCGCGCCGAGACCACCAAAGCCAAAAAACGUGUCAAGGCUGCCAAAAUCGUGUUUUCGACUUGCAUAGGCUCAAGUUUGGGACUGUUAAGGAAUGAAAUGUUUGAUAUUGUCAUCAUAGACGAAGCCUCCCAGCAGACAGAGGGGUGCGCCCUCGUGCCGUUAGUAAAGGGGUGUCAAAGGGCUGUUUUGGUGGGUGAUCACGUUCAACUAAGACCGACCGUGAGGCCGGAGGUUGUGACUCUGGGGGGUGAUUGUUCCCUUUUUGAGAGGCUGUUCACCUCUUCCAGAGGGGAGGGUUUCGGGAGGUUGAUGCUCGACACGCAGUACCGGAUGCACAGCUCGUUAUGUGACUUCCCUUCUACAGAGUUUUACCGAGGGAGGUUGAUUACCGGAUUGAGGGACAAUGAGAGGGGGUUGGAAAAGACGGGGUUUUCGUGGCCAAUGCGGGAUAAAAGGGGGGUUUGGGUUGAGUGUGCUGAUCGGGAGGAGGUGGAGGGGAAAAGUAAAGUAAAUAAAGGGCAGGCGGGGGUUUGUUUGGGGGUUUGUACGCUUUUGGCUACUGCUGCUGAUGGGGAAAAAGGGGUCAGCCAGACUGUGGCGGUUUUAACGCCGUAUGCGAAGCAAGUUGAUUUGCUGAAACGGGUGUUGGGUCAGGUUAUGGGGUCGGGGUUGGUGGAGGUGAGCAGUAUUGAUGCUUUUCAGGGGAGGGAGGCGGACGUGGUUGUUUUUGUGACGGUGAGGUGUAAUGAGAAGAGGGAUAUUGGGUUCUUGACGGAUAUGAGGAGGUUGAAUGUCGCGCUUACGAGGGCCAGGAGGGGAUUGGUUGUGAUUGGGAAUAGGGGAACGUUGACAAAUGGGGAUGAUGAGGAGAGUGCUGCUGUGUGGAAGAGGUUGGUGGGGGUGUUGGAAGUGGUGACACUGGAAUAG